AUGGCUGCUGCCGUGUCGCUGCUGCCCUCCGUCACGCCACCCACCUACCAUCGCAUCGUCUCACCCACCCUUCAUAUCCCUACUGAUACCAGCAGGCCCAUUCCUGUCGGUCUCCUCGCCUGCCAACGAGAUCCGCUCCUACGAGAGUUAGUAACGACCAUCAUCAGCUCAACCGUCUCGCAGUCUUUGUCCCCGCCAUCCAACGGAAGCCAGGGCAAGAAGAAUGCUACCAAGAGCACACCCUCAGAGCCGCUCGUCGAGAUAAUCUUGCAUGAUACCAUCAUCUUUCCAGAAGGCGGUGGACAGCCAUCAGAUAUUGGCACCCUAACAAGCGAAGAUGGUGAUCUUUGGAAUGUGAUCGAGGUCAAACGGCACGGCGGACAUGCCGUGCACUAUAUCCGCGCAAAGACCAGCACAGACGAUGCUCUGCGCGCAUUCGCACCGGGCACACGAGUCGGCGUUGCGCUAGGUGAGGAAGGCUGGAAGCGUCGACUGGACCAUACUUGCAUGCACACCUCGCAGCAUCUCCUCUCCGCCGUCCUCGAGUCCCAACUCAACCUCUCCACACUUUCCUGGUCGAUCACCGCAUGGCCAUCCGCUUGUUAUGUCGAGAUUCCUCGAGGGAUGUCCGCGGAUGAGAUUGCACGUAUCCAAGAAACCGCAAACGCUAUCGUUUUCGAGGGUCGAAACGUCCACGUCGAGGUCGAAGAACUCGACAGAGAUACGCUCCCAGAACCCACCAAGCUCGAGAGCGGGCGCGCUGCCGGUCAAGUACUCCCUGCAGACUACACCGGCGGCGUAAAACGCACGGUCGUCAUCGACGGCAUCGACCGUAGCCUAUGCUGCGGCACGCAUAUGCCUACCGUGCACAACCUGCAGCUGUUCCUCGUGCCUCACACCGAGGCGCUCGCGCGCUCCAACACAACUUCCGCGCGACUCUACUUCUUUUCGGGCCCGCGGCUGCUGCACCACGUCACCAACACACAUACGCUCCUCUCAAGCACCGCGGGCACGCUCAGCUGCGGACCACCGCUCGUGCCUGCGCGCGUGGAGCAGCUCGUAGAUGAGCGCAAGCGCACGGCGAAGCGCGUCGAGGACGUCGAGGCGGAGCUGGCCGGGCGGCUCGCGAAAGACCUAGCGGACGCGGUGUUCAGCGCGGGCACCGCCGGCGCGUUUUUGCAUGUGCACCGGACGGACGAUCCCGCCACUGCUGGUGGUGCGCUGGGUUUCCUGAAUGCGGUUUCGCUGGCGUUCACGCGGCAGAUCGAGCGGGAGGCACAGGAGGAGGGACUGCAAUAUGUCGUGGUGUUGUCUUCGGCGCCGGCGGGGCAGAGUGCGGGGAGUACGUGUGUCAUACUGGUGUUUGGUUCGGAUGAGAGCGUGGUGAGAAGCGUUGGGGAGGGCUUGAAGGGGAAAUUGGGCGUGAAGGGAGGAGGGAAGGGAUCGAGGUGGAGUGGUAAAUUUACCGGCGUGUGGAAAGAGUACAGGGAGGGUAAGCUGGUGCAGGAGGUGCUCGCGGCUGUGGAGGGCAGCCAGGCUGCAUAG